AUGUCAACAGGAGGAGGAAAGAUUUCAUCAAAGCUUGACGAUAAACGUUUAUACAUUGGAAAUCUUGAUCCUUCAAUAGACGAGUAUGCAUUGGUUAAAUUAUUUGAACCUUUUGGAAAGAUAACAAAUUUAGAUUUUCUUUUUCAUAAAAAUGGACCUAAACGUGGUCUACCAAGAGGUUAUUGUUUCCUAGAGUAUAGUAAAAAAGAGGAAGCAUUAAAAGCAAUGACAGAAAUGCACUCAAAAUUAAUAAAGAAUCGAUCAAUUAUUGUAACAUUUGCUUAUGCUGCACCUGAAAGUUAUUAUGAUAGUAAAACAGGUACAAUGAAGAAAAGAUCAAACGCAACCACAAUUUCAUUGAUAAAAGCACAUAAAAUGCUUAAUGCUAGGUAG